AUGCCCAAACGUGGUGAGAAUUUGCCACUACUUGGUGGAGACACCUCUGUAUUCAACAGCAAGCCCAAAUCAAACACGAAGAGAAAUAUCUCAUACAUUUUGAAUGUGGUUGCGAUAGUUACCAUCGCUAUAUUAUUAUUCCAUAAUUCGUCCAAGUCUGAUACACCAAAUGUGCCUGCAUUUGAUCCACACGGUAAAAAGAAUAUUAUUAUGAUGGUCACUGAUGGAAUGGGACCGGCAAGUUUAUCAGCAGCAAGGUCAUUUCGUCAGCUCAAGGAUAACUUGCCCAUCGAUGACGUAUUAAUCAUUGACAAAUACCUCAUUGGAUCAUCAAGAACCAGAUCAUCGAGCUCUUUGAUUACUGAUUCAGCAGCUGGAGCCACUGCAUUUUCAUGCGGACUUAAAUCAUAUAAUGGUGCUAUCGGUGUUGACUCAGACAAGACGCCAUGUGGUACAAUUUUGGAAGCGUUGAAAUUGCAAGGGUAUUUGACAGGUUUAGUGGUAACUACUAGAAUUACUGACGCUACGCCUGCUGCAUUUAGCUCACAUGUUGAUUACCGUUUCCAAGAGGAUUUGAUUGCCCAGCAUCAAUUAGGUGAAUAUCCUUUUGGCCGCGCGGUUGACUUGAUCUUAGGUGGCGGAAGAUGUCAUUUUGUUCCAAUCGCGAACGGUGGAUGCAGAGCCGAUGACAGAAACUUGGUCAAGGAAGCAGCCAAGAAAGGUUGGUCGUAUGUUGGUGAUAGAAAACAGUUUGAUCAGUUGGAUGGAGGUAAAAACGUCAGCUUACCAUUGUUGGGUUUAUUAGCAAAUCAUGAUAUACCGUAUGACAUUGAUCGUGAAAGCAAACAAUACCCAUCUCUUGCAGAGCAGGUCAAGGUUGCAUUGACUGCGCUCCAAGAGGCGACAAAGGACUCUGAUCAAGGAUUCUUUUUAUUGAUUGAAGGAUCAAGAAUUGACCAUGCUGGCCAUCACAAUGAUCCAGCAGCACAAGUCAGAGAAGUGUUGGCGUAUGACAAAGCUUUCAAAGAAGUGAUUGAUUUCAUUGAUUCUACCGAUGUGGAAACUGUUGCUAUAUCCACUAGUGACCAUGAAACUGGAGGAUUAGUGACUGCUAGACAAGUGACAGAAUCGUACCCAGAUUAUUUAUGGUACCCACAAAUAUUGUUGAACAGCACUCAUUCAGGAGAAUACUUGGCAAGAAAGAUUUAUAGCCAAAAAGUCAAGUCCGGUACCAAAUUUACUGAAUACAUCAGGCAAGAAAUAUUAGAAAACGAUAUGGGUAUUUCUGACUAUACCGAGGAUGAAGUUAGACAAAUUGCCUCCAAAUCAUCACAACCAGAUGCGCUUUUAUAUUUCUUGAACAACAUGAUUUCAUUUAGAGCUCAAAUUGGAUGGACUACACAUGGCCAUUCGGCUGUGGAUGUCAACAUUUAUGCGCAUACAAACUCACCCUCACUUUUACAUAAAUUAAAGUCAAGAAAUGCUUAUGAUGGAUUGACUGGUAAUCAUGAAAACAUUGAAAUAGGUGCAUUUAUGGAAACAAUAACUGGUUCGGAUUUGAAUCAAAUUACAGAAAUGAUCAAGAAAACGGUCCAUUCUCCUCAUGGAAAGAGUGAUUUGUCAGUGGAUGAAUUCCAUGCAAAUGUCGUACCCUCAUUAUAG